ACGGACCGGACCAAAGACCGGAACCGGAAGUUCUCUGCUCGCGCGUUUGCUAAGUGUGAGCUGGCUCCGCUGUUCCCGGACUUUUGUUUUUCGUGUGGUUGAUACGGUGGUCGCUGGUUGCUGCCGGUUUCGGGCCCGGCUGCAGUCGGUAGUGCCCCAACCGUCCCCAGCCCUGCGGGGUCGGGGUUCCCGCUCCCACUGAAGAACACAACCAUGGAAGACAAACCAUUGGUAGUAUCUAAACAGAAGACAGAAGUGGUAUGCGGUGUGCCCACCCAGGUGAUCUGCACGGCCUUCAGCAGCCACAUCCUGGUUGUGGUGACCCAGUUUGGGAAGAUGGGUACGCUAGUCUCCUUGGAGCCCAGCAACGUGGCCAAUGACAUCACCAAGCCAGUACUAACCACAAAAGUCCUCCUCGGGAAGGACGAGCCACUCAUCCAUGUCUUUGCGAAGAACCUGGUAGCAUUUGUGUCUCAAGAAGCAGGAAACAGAGCCGUCCUCCUGGCCAUGGCUGUGAAGGACAAGAGCAUGGAGGGGCUGAAAGCCUUGAAGGAGGUGAUCCGGAUGUGCCAGGUGUGGUGACCUGAAGUCAGCAGUACGUGACAGUCGGAUCCAGUGGACGCUCUGCAGGGUCUCUGAGACCCAUCUUCCCAGCACCAGGACAGUCAGGCGGAGGCUCAUUCCCUGGCUUUAGCCCUUGAAGCUGGGAACAACAUUCAGAUCUCAGGGGACUCGCCCUGUGUGGCUACCGUGUUCUGUCUGGUGCACCGGAACCGUUCUGAGAUGCAACAGAGGCAUCUGCUGAGUGGAAAUCACCCAUUUUAGGGACUGGCAGCCCUCACUGUGCAGCAGCACCUGUGGGGAGACUUUUUUUUUUAUCAAAAAUAAAUCUAAAAUACUUGGA